AUGCCUCAGGGUCCGCCUGCCAUCCCCGCCUCUGUCGGACCGGCCCCUGCACCCGCCGUUUCCACACCCGCCGCCGGAGCGGCUGCUGCUGCCACCUCCGACGCCACUACCGUCUCUGACCCUGUCCUGGAGAUCGCUGAUCUUAAGCUACGGUUGAUCCAAUCGAAACUCCGCGAGCAGCAACGCAGCAGACACAGCACUCGGAAGCCGAAGCAUCCCGCUGACUCAUCCGGUGGCUCUGGUUUUGCCGGUGGUACAGCUGCCACCGAUCCUGCUUCUGCCGCUCCCGCUCGUGCCGCGUCGGGAGCUUCCGCGCCGGAUGCAGCUAAUCGACGUUUUACUCCUGGCUCCGCCCCUGCCCCUGCUCGUGCUGCUGCCGCCGCUCCCGCUCCUGCCGCGCCGGAUGCUGCCGCUACUCCUCCUGCCUCCGCCGCCACGGCCACCACCCCCGCCGCUUCUGCUGACGCAAGCGGCACUGAGCCCACCUUCGAACAAGGUGAUGCCGUCGGUGGUGGCGAUCCUGCCGACUCUUCUGGAGCCGCCGCCCCCGCCCCGCUACCUGGUUCGGCUGAUGGAGCCGGUGGAAAGGGUUCGGCUGCAUUAGGUGCGACAGACUCUCCCAGUGGUGAACCUCCCGCUGGCGCGUCUACGGAGGUGCGUUCAUCAAGCACUCGACAUUCAUUCGGGGAAAGAUUCGGGGAAAGAGAAAGUCACCAGACUCAGCGAUGA